AGAAUGUCGAAUAUGACCAACAAUUUACUGGCAGUUAAUGGCAAAGAGAUCUGAGGGUAUGCAAGCCACCAUGCUCCAGGAAGUCACUGGGAAAUAUCCACAGAAGGAGGAUCGAUGAUUGGAGAUCACUCCCAUCUUGAACAAAACGGGGAAGAUACUCAUCUGGAUAGUCUUCACCCUCAACAGUCGGAAUGCCAUGAGGAGAAUCAUGAUUCUAUCACUAUUAUUAAUGAUAUUAUCAAUCCUAUAGAGACUGUUAAGAGUUAUUUGAUCAAGAAGAGCUAUAUUUCAAAGGAGACUGAGGAGAAUAAGCAGUUAGCUAGUCAAAAAUUGAUCAAACUACUUGAAGAACUCGGCCAAAACUUCUACUACGCCUUUAUUGCCCAAGCUGCUCUGAAUAUAGUCAAAGGAGCCAUUAGUCCAAAGAAUAAAUUUAUACCCUCAAUUUUGAAGAUCUUUGGCAGAAAGAACCUGUCCUUAUGAGCUUUACUUGCUGUAUUGGGGUGCGGAUACAAAUUCGCAAUGGAGAGAUUGAGGAAAUUAUCAGCUCAUCAUGAUAAGUUGAAUACUUUUGUAUCCAUCCUUCUUGCUACUUGGUCGCUCACAAGAAGCAAAUCAUCUAGUAGUAGAAACUACACCUAUUUCUUAGUCAUAUGUAAAUACCUUGAGAUGAUGAGCAAGAUCUUAGAGAAAGGCAAAGUAAUCAAAAAGGUCAAGAAUUUCGAUGUUGAAUUCUAUGAGCUAUGCAUGAUGCACUUUAAGCUCAGGUUCUCACUAAGAGUCAAGAUCUCCAGGACUUAGACUCUAUCAUUUAGUCUAAUAUAUUCUUUAUACCAUAUAAAUUAA